CUCUCUACCCUCUUCUUCUCUUCUUCUUCUAAGUUCUUAUUCAUCCACAAAGGCGGAGCUUUUCACUUUCAAUCUUUCUCCGGCGACCGUUCCGAUAACAACCCAUAUUAUCAAUUACUACAACAAACCCUACUUCCCGUUCAAUUCUUCCUCUUUUAUAGAUUUCCCAGACUUCAAUUUCUCCUUCUCAUCUCUAUAUCGAAAUCAGAGUCUUGUCGAAGAACAAGAAGAGGGUAAAGAGCUAUUCAAUUCUUGUAAUCUUGCCGAUGAAGCGAUUGAACUAACUCUCAAUUUUAGCAAUAAUUGAUGGAUCCAGACACCAAGAAAUUCGGAAGAGGGCCAAGAGAACUUACCGGGGCAGUGGAUCUUAUAAGUCACUACAAGUUAUUGGCUCAUCAUGAGUUCUUCUGCAAGAGGUCACUUCCUUUAUCGAUUUCAGACACACACUACCUUCACACAGUGGUUGGAGACACAGAGAUAAGGAAAGGGGAAGGAAUGCAAUUGCAUCAGCUAAUGGGAGAAGCACCUUACUCUAAAGAUGCAAAUGCCCGCAUACAACCAUUUGACAUUGACGUUCUCAAAGAAGCUUUUCAACUGAGGGAAACUGCUCCAAUUGAACUGCCUCCUGGAGAGAAAGGAGCUCCCACAAUCCCUGGGAAAUCUGCUAGUGAGUCCAAGGAUAAGGAAAAGAAGCAUAAAAGACAUAAGGACAAGGAUAAAAGUAAAGACAGAGAACAUAAGAAGCAUAAGCAUCGCCAUAAGGAUCGAAGUAAAGACAAAGACAAAGAUAAAGAAAAAAAGAAAGAUAGAAGUGGUCAUCAUGAUAUGGUUGGGGAACAUUCCAAGAAACACCAUGAUAAGAAAAGGAAGCAUGACGGAGAUCAAGAUCUCGCUGAUAAUCACAAGAGAAGCAAGCAUAAGAGUACAAAGAUGGACGAGGUGGGAAUCAUAAAAGUAGCAAGCUGAAAUAUGGCAUUCUGUUCUAUGUGGUUAGUAUUGAAAUUUGGAUGGCUUGUUUUAGUUUGGCCGAAAUACUUUCAAGGAAACAUUACGAACAUAUCAGACUCAUGAAGGGGUUUUACCUUGAUGGUUCAAAUUUUGCUUAUAUGCUCACGAAUAGCCGAUUGGACUUAACUUUUUUUAUCAUACAAAAGACAAUGCAAAAUUUGGGUCGUUUGUGAAGAGUGCCAUCUUAUCGUUUUCGUGUUUUGUUACUAGUUUUUUCUUCUAGAAUUUAAACUUAUCUUAUUAACUCAAGACCCCUUUUUUUUGGUUGGAGCCCAGGGCUAGUGCAAGGAGUAGGUCAAAGAUUGGUGCUAUAAAAUUUUACAAUGACCACUAUUGAUUUUUUUUUUUUU